AUGUCUCCUGAUGAGAUUGAUUUAUACGAUCGAAACAAAACUCUUCAAGCAGAACUGGACAAGGAACGGGCUAAAGGGAAGAUUUCGAUGGCAUUUCUUGCUCACUGCAUACCCGCCGUUGAUAAGAUCUGCCUGAGCAGACCACAAAAGGCGAAAAUUGGGAGAGGGCUCAGGUUAACCACGUCACAGGUAUAUACGCGAUGGAAGAACUUUAGGAAGGAAUUAAGGGAUGCCCGAAGAGAGCUCGAGUGUCAGCCGGCAACUGGCCAGACUGCAUCUCGACGAGAAGAGCUAGACGACGACGGUGCUGGGACUGAGUCUGGUUCCCGGUUCAGUUCCGAAACUGCGGGUGAUGAAGACGCAAACAUUCUCAGUGCGGUCAAACCAAAGCGUCUUCCCAACGAUCGAGUUACCGUCGAACUAAACGGCAAAAGCUUGACCCAGAGACAAUUGGCGAAAUGGUAUCGUGGCACCGAUAUGGGGGCGGAGACAAGAAGCAUCUUUGAUGCCAAGAACAUCGAGAUCAACCGGAAACGCAGACGGCUUAAUGGCAACUAG